UCGAUAGAUUCGCAAUGUCUGCAGUUAGCAGGGAAGAAAGGCUCGUGGGGAUGGAGCAGGGUGACAAACCUUCAAACAGCCUUUCGGUCCUCCCCGGCCCCCGUCGCAGUCCUCUCGCUACUUAUUUCAGCCCAGCUGCGCCAUGCACGCGCACUGUCAGGCGCAGAUGCCGCGCGCGCGCAUUUGAUGUAAGCGCGCCAGCAAAGCCCGCCGCUAUUAAUACCGCCUAAUGAAGUUAUUCGUAAGGAUGGGCCGUCCUCUUGCCUUUGCUGUUUGUGGGUUGGAGGAGGCGGAGCGUCGAGGGGACGGCGGCGCUGUAGUUUGACACCGAGCGCUCUGCAGUGCCUCCCUCCUGCGUGCGGGCUGCGCCACCGAACGGAAGGAAACAGAAAGCAUGUUGUAAAGUUUCAUUUCUCAUCCAAGCUGAUCCACCAUCUUCCCCCCUUUUCACACACCGUGGCUCCCUUCUGAUGUGUUGCACCACAAAUGCCGCAGAGUGGUAUAUGUACAUAAAAAAGCGAGUGUCCACGGCUGCAGUUUAAUCCAAUUAUAGUGGUGGAGUAUCUUGGGUGGAAGUCUCCCUCCUCUCUACAUAUGAGCUCUUUACCGAAUUACUCAGGAGCCAGGAUAUCUGGCUGCUGGACACUGACAUCUGAUGGCCGUGGAGGCGGCGACGGCUCACUGGACCGCCUCCUCCCCUCGGUCAGCACAGGCCUUUCGCCUCGGAAAAGGACCACCAGUCAGUGCAAGUCUGAGCCGCCUCUCCUCCGCACCUCUAAGCGCACCAUCUAUACCGCGGGGCGGCCCCCCUGGUACAACGAACAUGGCACACAGUCCAAAGAGGCCUUUGUCAUUGGUCUGUGUGGUGGCAGUGCUUCAGGAAAGACGACCGUCACUCGAAAAAUCAUCGAAGCCCUCGACGUUCCUUGGGUAGUCCUCCUUUCCAUGGACUCCUUUUACAAGGUCCUCUCCUCAGAACAGCAGACACGGGCUGCCAGUAACGACUAUAACUUUGACCACCCUGAUGCCUUUGACUUUGAUUUGCUGACGUACACACUGCGAAAGCUCAAGCAGGGCAAGAGUGUGAAAAUCCCCGUGUAUGACUUCACAACUCAUGGAAGACAGAAGGACUGGAAAACAGUGUAUGGAGCCAGUGUUAUCAUCUUUGAGGGGAUCAUGGCCUUUACCGAUAAAGAGCUCUUGCAGUUGCUGGACAUGAAGAUCUUUGUGGAUACAGACUCGGACAUCCGGCUUGUGCGGCGGUUGAGGAGGGACAUAACUGAGCGAGGCCGGGACAUCGAGGGCGUCAUCAAACAGUACAAUAAGUUUGUCAAGCCAGCCUUUGAACAGUACAUCGAACCCACCAUGCGCCUGGCAGAUAUUGUGGUGCCCCGUGGUGGCGGGAACAUGGUUGCCAUUGAUUUGAUAGUGCAGCACGUCCACAGUCAGCUGGAGGAGAGGAAACUUCGCUGGGAUAUGGCAGCCCUGGCCUCCGCACACCAAGCCCAACCCCUCCCCCAGACUCUCAGCGUUCUAGAGAGUACACCCCAGGUCAAAGGCAUGCACACCAUCAUCAGGAACAAAGAAACCAGCCGGGAUGAGUUCAUCUUUUACUCCAAGAGGUUGAUGCGUCUGUUGAUUGAACGAGCUCUCUCCUUCUUGCCAUCACAGCUCCACAUAGUCCAGACACCCCAGGGAGAGGACUAUGAAGGGAGGGCUUUUCACGGGAAGAGGAUCACUGGCGUGUCCAUCUUGAGGGCAGGGGAGACCAUGGAGCCAGCUCUAAGGGCAGUUUGCAAAGAUGUCCGCAUCGGCAAAAUCCUCAUUCAGACCAACCAGGACACAGGAGAACCAGAGGUCCAGCUUCAUUACCUGCGUCUCCCUAAAGACAUAAGUGAAGAUCACGUCAUUCUAAUGGACUGCACCGUGUCCACCGGCGCUGCAGCCAUGAUGGCCGUUCGAGUGCUACUGGACCAUGAUGUACAAGAGGACAAGAUCUUCCUGGUUUCUCUGCUAAUGGCUGAAAUGGGAGUGCACUCGGUGGCCUACGCCUUCCCACAGGUCAAGAUCAUCACCACAGCAGUGGACAAGAAGGUCAACGAUCUGUUCCACAUCAUACCUGGCAUCGGAAACUUUGGAGAUAGAUACUUUGGAACCGAUGCACCCCCUGACUGGAGCGACGACGAAAUGGAUGAGCCCAGUUACUGAUUCAUCCUGAAUCACUUGUCAUGUACUAGCUCACCUCACAAAGGACAACGUGAUGCCUCUGUGGGGCCCGGAGCAAAACAGUGAUACUGUGCAGUCACCCCGUUGAAGCGUUUAAAUUAUUAUGUUCUUCAUGAAGUUGUUAUAUGAAGGUAAAGAUAUUUUUGUACAUAUGUUCAUGGGUUCUGAUGUUUUGCUUUGUCUCUGUGGGAACAUUUGCAAUGAGAAAUGUCGCAUUAAAUGCCUCAUACUGUGGACGACACACUGAAUAUGAAUUUGUGCAUGACAUUGGGGGGGGGGGGGGAGUAUUGCUUUCAUCAGCCACGAGGAGUUAAAUCAGUACACAAACUCAACUUUCAAUUGCACUUUCAGAACGACCAUUCAAUCGGAAAAUGUGUAGGUGUAUUUUUUUCUUUU